GGGAUUUGAAGUCGAAAGUUGGCCGCCGCCCCCUUCUCCACUGCCACCAUCCCCCCCUUCGACAUCCUGAAGCCCUUGCACCUGGCCCUCGAGACCACGCUGCCCUCCCCGACAAGGACGAGUAGUACACGGAUUGCCCAGCAUGGAGUCCGAGUCCGACAACGAGUUCCGCGACGACAAGAGCGUGUCUGAGCACGAGGAGAUUGAGGAGACCAAGCCAAAGUCUGCGCUGAAGAAGGGGCGGGAGCCGGCUCCCGUCAUUGAGCGCCCGGAACUGCCCGAACAACCAGACCCAAGCACCCUCGACCUCUCGACGCUGAGCCCGCUGUCGCCCGAAAUCAUCUCCCGCCAAGCAACCAUCAACAUUGGAACAAUUGGCCACGUCGCUCACGGAAAAAGUACCGUGGUCAAGGCCAUCUCGGGUGUGCAGACGGUCCGCUUCAAGAACGAACUCGAGAGGAAUAUUACCAUCAAGCUCGGUUACGCCAACGCGAAGAUCUACCAGUGCGACAACUCCGAGUGCCCGCGCCCGACAUGCUACCGGUCGUACAAGAGCGAGAAGGAGGUCGACCCGCCUUGCGAGCGUGAGGGAUGCGGAGGACGAUACCGAUUGAAGCGCCACGUCUCGUUUGUCGACUGCCCCGGUCACGACAUUCUCAUGAGCACAAUGUUGUCGGGCGCCGCCGUCAUGGACGCCGCACUGCUGCUGAUUGCCGGAAACGAAUCCUGCCCGCAACCGCAGACCAGCGAGCAUCUUGCUGCCAUUGAGAUUAUGAAGCUCAACCACAUCAUCAUCCUCCAGAACAAGGUCGACCUGAUGCGGGAGGACAGCGCUGCGGCCCACUACGAGUCGAUAUUGAAGUUUAUCCGAGGAACCGUCGCCGAUGGAUCGCCCAUUGUGCCCAUCUCCGCCCAACUCAAGUUCAACAUUGAUGCCAUCAACGAGCAACUCAUCAGCAAGAUCCCAGUCCCAGUCCGCGACUUCUCCGCAAAGCCACACAUGAUUGUCAUUCGAUCGUUCGACGUAAACAAGCCCGGUGCGGAGAUUGACGAGCUGAAGGGUGGUGUCGCUGGUGGCAGUAUCUUGACUGGUGUGCUGAAGCUGGGUGACGAGAUUGAGAUCAGGCCUGGUAUUGUGUCCAAGGACAGCUCAGGAAAGAUUCAGUGCAAGCCCAUCUUCUCAAGAGUCGUGUCCCUGUUCGCAGAGCACAAUGACCUAAAGUUUGCUGUUCCUGGUGGUUUGAUUGGUGUCGGUACACGCGUAGACCCCACGCUCUGCCGUGCGGAUCGUCUCGUUGGUUUCGUCCUUGGUCUCCGUGGCCAUCUCCCCAACAUUUACACUGAGCUCGAGGUCAACUACUUCCUUCUCCGAAGGUUGCUCGGAGUCAAGACCGCAGACGGCAAGCAGGCCAAGGUUGCCAAGCUCGCAAAGAACGAAGUUUUGAUGGUCAACAUUGGUUCAACUGCUACGGGUGCCAAGGUCGUCGCCGUCAAGGCUGACGCUGCCCGCCUAUCUCUCACCUCGCCAGCAUGCACAGAGAUUGGUGAGAAGGUCGCUUUGUCCAGACGUAUUGAAAAGCACUGGCGUCUUAUUGGUUGGGCCAACAUUGUGGCCGGUAACAUCCUCCAACCCAUUGUCGACUGAGAAGGGGGCGGGCAGCAGGGAAGCUCUCCAGGAGCUGGAACAACACACUGACGACGGGAUGACGUGGACAUGAAGGAUACGACGGCCAGAAUUAUGUGCAUUGCGUUUCUGAGCAUUUGCUGGCUGGAGUGGGUUGCACUGGGAUAGACACCAAAAGCGUUCUCAUUUGCAGCGAUGGCCUAGGCAGGCUCGAACAGCCAGGGUGCGAGGUGUAGCAUCAUUGGCACGAAAGGGUUAGUGUAUCAGUACAAGUCCAACCAAGGUGGCCGCAUAGAAUCAAAAUGUUCAAUGCA